CCUGGUCUGAGAAAGGAAGCAAGCUGUCCAUUGCAGUUGCGUAAUAUAAUUAGCUCCGAGUUGCCGUGAUAAGACCAGAAGAGCACAGAGGCUGUGACCGCUUGGCCAGCUGUUCGUGAAUGAAGCAUCAAUAGCAGUUACGAGCGAAAAACAACAGCAUUAAUGCUUUUUACAGGAGCAGGUGAUUGGUCUACUGCCCAACCCCAGCACCUGGUAUUUCUAAACUGUCUCCAAUCCAAGUACUAACCAGGACCGACCCUGAUUAACUUCUGAGAUCGGACGGGAUCUGGCAGCAUGUGGGGAUUCGGCCAAAGGAUGUUUACUUCCUGCAUUCUGACAUUUGUCUUCUUCUGGACAGGGCUAUCACAGAAUGUUAUCCAUCCAUGUGACAAGCACAUCUUUGAUAGCAACGUCCACAUCUGCCGGUCAGCUUUUAACAAGAGCAUGGAGAAAAGCGGCUACCAUCAAGCGUGCGCAUGGCCGGCUGUGAAACACAUCUACUAUGAUCUGAAGCUUUGUGCGGAUCAGUGGGCCACUGCUUCUUUGUGUCAGAGUCGGGGAUCUCUUGUGGAUGACUUCUUCCAAGAGGUCCAUCGGAAGUACUUUGUUUCCUGUGGACAGGUCCAGGACCCGCCACUCUGGACGCUCGUCAUGCUAAUAGCUCCGGUUAUCACUGCCACACUCCUCAUGCCGCUUCUGUGCGUCAAACUGGUGACAUGGAAUAUAGACAUGCCCAAUUAUUUGAAUAACUGAGAUGCUUAUUUGACACGAGAAGAUGUUAUCGUCAUAUGUAAUUGUAGUUAAUUUUGAAGUGUCAAUUGCAAGUGUGUCUGUUCUGCAUCUUGUUAUCCUGUUACAGAAACUAGAGUAAAAUCUCCUUCAGUUUCAGUCUUGAAUGCUGUGCUAUGUCAUUGGCGCAGGCUGAAUUGCCUUGUGAUUCAGCAGUCGACCAAUUUGAGGUGUUGUCUGCCUCUCACCCAAAUAUUGCUUAAUCCACUGCAUGAUAACAGCUCAGCUGUACUCGCUUUGUGCCAAAUCGAAUGCAUAGAAGGCAUCAGUUGUAAUGUGUUAAUGUCAUGUCUCCCUAUAUACAGCGUAUACAGUAGGGGUAGCCAACAUGGUUCGCCCAAGUAGCUAACCAGUGAUGGGACAUUGUGAUUGCCAAGGAAUGUUGUCAAAGGGAUCAUUUUAAAAUGUAAAUACUUGCAGAGAUUUAUAGAGAAAGUGUUGCAUGCAGAUUUUUUAUGUUUCUUACCUUUUUAAAUCGCUGUUGAUAAUUAUUGUGAGAAAUA